GUUGUUUAACUGUAGAUGUCUAGGGAGCAGACCAGCGAUCGUAGUCAUCUUCCAUCUAGUCGAGGUCGAGGUCGUUAUCAUCAUCAACCUGGAUCCAAUAGAUUGUCAGUGGAUCAUACUUCGCCUCACAGCACAUCCGCAUCUCCCUCCUCUGUCAAUUCACUUCACCCGCAUAUCGCAUCCUAUCCACACAGGAUAUCACCUCCCCAUUUAUACACCUCUGAGAUGUGGACGCAGCAUCCAUCAUCGCCCUUCUUCCCUCAAAACAUGCCCCCUACCCCACCUACACCCACCACCAAUAUCCCGCCAACAGACACGCAAGCAGCUGGUGCCUCAUCCCAGCAGGCUGGGGCGACAGAUAUGGAUCAUAAAAUCUGGAUACGACCAUAUACCGACUCUGCUUUUGAGCCUUCUUCCAUUCAUAGGAGGAUGACUAAGAUUUUGAAGAGCAAGUACGAGCAUCUUUGCAACACAUGGAAGAGUGUUCCUCAAGAGCAAAAGGAUAUAUAUUUUGAGGAGUUCACAAAAAAUUUUAGAUGGGAUCCUGCAAAUGAGUGUGAAGUAAUAAAAGUGUGGAAUAUGAAGAAUGCGGGGUUAUUCCGGGGAAUGAUGGAGAAGGUUCGGAAGGGGGAUGACAUUGGUGAAUGGAUUCCUGAGAGCAUUAGAGGUCAACUUCGCGAGAUUUGGGCGGAUCCAGAGUAUGUGAAGAAAAGGGAGAAGGGAAAGAUGAACCGCUCCUCUAGCGCUGGUGGGACCACUCAUACUGGCGGCUCUAUUUCACACUCAGAGCAUUAUAAGAGAUUGCUAGAAGAAUUAGGUCGGGAACCCACCAGUAUUGAGCUCUUUCUUCGUACCCAUCAGAAAAAGGGUACGCAAGAUCUCGUCGAUACACGAGCAACAAAAGCUGUGAUGACUACAAUAGGUUGAUGGCUUCUCGAUCAUUGAGCUCUGAUGCUGGUAGCGAGGCAGCUUUUCAGCCAGCGGAUGAGACUUCAAUAUUCAUAGAGGCGGUUGGGGGGUACAACAAGAAAGGUCGUGUUUACGGUCUUGGAUCAGAGUCGCGUCGUUUGCGCUACUCAUCAUCUCCCUCCUUCGGAUCACAGUCUCAGUAUAGCCAGCAGGAGAUGGAGGAGCGCGUGGCUCGGAUGAACGCCGAGUUACAUGAACAACUUUUAGAUCAGCGACAUACGAUUGUUACCCUGGAGCAACGGUUAGAGUCACAAGACCAGAGGAUGAUUGAACAAG